GGCAAUUCGGAACUUCUGCUGAAACUGUUAGCUUGCUUUCUGUGCGAGAGGCUCAGUCUCGUCCGAAUGAAGCUACCGUUAGCUACAGCACCAAGAAUCUCAGCUCCCAGUUUGGCGAAUAUCUGUCUUGUCUCUAUAAUGAAUUCAGAGGGCGAUUAAGGAAUUACACGUCUUCAAACUAUGUCGCCUCAACAGGAUAACAUUGGUCAGAGUCGUUCUUCUUCUCUGACGGGGGAAUCUCGAAUAUCGGGCUGCGGAAGGACAGGAGAAAAGAAGAUAAUGAAGAGUCUGGCCCAGAGACGACAGUCGGCACCCUCUUUGGUGAUAAGCAAAGCACUUAAGUCUAGAACACUAUCCAGAGAAACCUGCCUGUCUCCUGUCAGCCCAGAGGUCUGUCCUCUCGUUCAGUCAAUUAUAGGACCGUACAGAGCCUUUCUUAUGGAAGGACAUGCCCAGCUCAAGACUGGUCUCCAAACCCAAGACCGACAUCUCUUCCUGUUCAAUGAUGUUUUAGUCAUUGCGAAAUCAAAAUCUGCAUCUCAAUUCAAGCUGAAGAAACGUGUCAAAAUUUGCCAGGUGUGGAUGGCGACCUGCAUGGAUGAAGUGUGUGAAGGGAGCACAAGUCCAGAACUUUCCUUUGUGAUGGGUUGGCCCACGACUAAUUGUGUGGCUACUUUCAGCUCACCAGAACAGAGAGAGAAAUGGCUGUCCUGCCUCCACAGAUGCAUUAAAGAAGAGAAAGAAAAAGAGCAUCCUAAAAGUAUUCCUUUGAAGAUCAUUAUUAGAAAUGUUAGAAGCUGUGUAUAUUCAAAGGUCUUGACUGUGAACAACACAGAUACAGCAAAUGAUGUUAUUGCCAUGACACUUCAGCAGUCUGGCAUCACAGGUAAUCCUAAAGAUUAUCAACUUUGGGUCAUUUCUGGCAAAGAAGAUGCCCCCUAUCCUCUUAUUGGGCAUGAAUAUCCUUUCGGUAUUAAAAUGAGUCACAUUCAAAAUGCAGCUGCACAGACACAAGGAUCGAAAGACUCAAUCUGCCCUCUGGAUUUCCAGGGGCCCUUCGUCAUAGAGCAGUUGCCUGUGGAGAUGCAGUGUCAGUUCAUCUUGAAGCCAAGUUGCCUGGCAUUAUGCCAGCAGAUGGCUGAUCCAAGUCAAAAGCAAUACAAAAGGAAAAAGUCAAUUAUGAACUGGGCCUUUUGGCGUGGUUCUAGUACUCAGUUAGACAACGUGCCUCUGUCCCAAGCCUGCAUAACACCAGGCAGACUCUUCGGCCUUCCACUGCCAGCCAUUUGUGAGGAUGACAAUUUCCCAAAGCCAAUCAUGGAUAUGCUUUCCUUCCUGUUGCAUGAAGGUCCAUUCACCAGGGGCAUUUUCAGACGUUCUGCCAAUGCUAAAGCCUGCAAAGAACUGAAAGAGAAGCUGAAUUCUGGAGCUGAAGUGCACUUAGCAAGUGAAUCUGUGUUUGUGAUAGCUGCUGUCUUCAAAGACUUUCUUCGGAAUAUUCCUGGAAGCAUCUUUUCUUCAGGCCUCUAUGAUGAUUGGAUGGCAGCGAUAGAAAAGGGAAAUCAUGAGGAGAAGAUAAAGGAGAUUCAAAGAUUGCUGGAGCAACUUCCAAAACUCAAUACCCUCCUCCUACAUCAUGUGUUUAGAGUGCUUCACAACAUUGAACAGCAGGCUGACGAAAACCAGAUGAACGCCUUUAACUUGGCAGUCUGCAUCACGCCCAGCAUCUUGUGGCCUCUCACACCCUGCAGUCCCAAGAUAGAGAGCGAGUCAACAAAAAAGGUUGCCUUGUUUGUGCAGUUUCUAAUCGAAAACUGCUGCAGGAUCUUUGGAGAUGCCUUCACUUCCCCUUUUGGAGCGUUAUCAUCAAGGAAGUGUGAAAGUAGAGAUGAUGGGUCAGAUCUCUCUUCAAUUCAAAUGCAUGACUCCUCUUAUGAUAGUCUGGAAAAUGAGCUCAAUGAUGAUGCUGAUUCUCCAUCAUCUAACCUAAUAGCAAAGAGAAAUGAAGACAAUCGAAGCAGGGACUCUGUUCUGACCUGGAGUGACUGUGAUCUUGAUCAACCUGAAGAUGAAGGAAGUCAUGUAAAGGUUCCAGCUUCCCAGAGUAAAAAUGUGAGCUGUCAGUUUUCUAAAAAUGACCUCCUGGGCUCCAUCAUUUAUGGAUACUCCACUUGUGAGAGGCUCAAAGGCUCCAGAAGAGACAGACGGUGUUCAGAGCCCAAUAUAUUUCCUCCUGGUUCACAGUUUUCUCAACUUUGCCAGAAUCAUGAGAUUAUGGUCCGUAAAACUAGUUGUGAUGCUGUCAUGACGCAGUCGGAUGAGAACUACCUUGCUCAAUUGCAAAUGCUACAGAUUGAGGGCCAGAAACUCAUAAGCAACAACCUACGCAAGGGCUUUGACCUGGACAAGCCCAGCAACGGCAGUCAUAACGUUGCACAGAAAGGGGCAAACUGCAGUAACCAACUUCAGCCACCUCCACCCCUCAAACUUAAUAUCCCCUCAAAGACUAGCAGCUCUAGUUUGUCUUCGCCUGGCACUUCACCCUCAGGCUCCUCGCUGAGCUCACUUGAUGGUGCUUUCACACAUAACACAGAAUACUAUGUGUUCGGCCCAGCUGAAACCUUCUCACCAUCCUGUUCUGCCAUGCAGGAUCAGAAAGGCCAACCAGCUCUGCUAGCUAGCCCCAGGAUCUUUAAAUACUUUUCUGGCCGCCUAUCUCCUGUUCAGGGUCCUGACAUAGUUAUUACUUCCUCCUCCAGUGCAGUAGAAAAACACAAGAGAACUACUAGUGUGAUCGAGGAAAGCUCUAAAUGCAUCAAUGAGAAGGGCCCAGUUACACUGCAUCCCAAUAGCUGGUUGAAGAAAAAUGGAAGCUGGACACUUAGAAGAAAGGAGAAAGGACAAAAGCUUAAAGGCAGGCGUGAUCCACCCUUUGCAGAUAAAGAACUGGCCUAUGGCAAAUUAGCUGCUUCCCCAGUGACUGCAGAAGGUAUGGCUCAAAAUGUGAACAGAAGCCAAUCAGGUAAACCACAUUCCUUUCACGAGCCAAUCAGGUCACCAUUGCAAAAUACAGUAGCCAAGGGAAAAGGAUUGAUGGUCCAGUCUUCAAAGCUUUUCCUCCAACAGGGACAUUCUGAUUCUCAGGAACUUGAGGACAGCUCCAUUGCUUGUGGAUCUCCUCCUUUGAGUACAGCUGAUCAGAUUCCUUCAGGACAGAGUGAACUUAAUCAAAUUCCUCGGACUGUCUUUUAUGGGCAGAAUUCAGAGUUAUGUCUUCAGUUGACACCAUGUCAACAGUCACGCUCAUUCAUGCUGGGAGAAAGGUUUGCCCAAAGAAAAACUAAUCAACGCACGUCUGAAUUGGUAACUCCUGCUCACACAGACCCUCAGAGCCCUGGGGAGAUCUGUGAGAAUGUGCCUAAUACAGUUCUAUCUACAAAAAGGGGUGGGAUGCUCCAAGAGAAGAAACCAUUUGCAUCAACAAGUGGACCAUACACAACUGAGCAGGAGUUUCAUAGUAGGUGCUCCAUUGCGCUUUCCCAUAGUGCAGCUAAAGCAGUUAAGGAUUAUUUUUUUCAGAUCGAUGCUGAGAACUGUUUGAUAAAAACACAAGAAGUGACUGAUGCCAUGCUCCAGAGCAAGAAGGAAUGGCAAAAGAAGUGCUGCAGUGAUCCAAAAUUUGAAGACUUUGAACAAGUGUUUUUCUCCGAGGAGUCUUAUGUGUAAAGACUUGUUUGGAAAUGGUGUCAUAUUAUUUCUUUAAAAAUUUAUUUGAAAAUGUCAACUCUGGUUCAAUUCAAGCUGCAUUAUAACAGUACAACAUUGCUCGUAACACAGUCUAAAUAGCUGUGAGUACAUUUUUUGGGGUAAUGUCAAAUUUGACUUUUUACAGGUAUGUUUUAUGAUAUUUACAGCUGUUGUACAAAGUAAUCUUGUCCUCUGCAAAACAAAAAAAUAUAUACAUUUAAAAAAACAUAAAUUGUUUAGAAAUACUAUUAUAUUCUAAAAAUAAUGGCUGCUAAGUGGGGAUAUGCAAAGAACUGUUCUGACACUUCUGCCCUACCCUGAAAUAACAUUAGAGAGGAUAUAUAUGAAUUAUCAACAUUGGCUCCCAGACCCACACCCAGUGAAAUAACAUCCACCCCCUUGGCUACAGAAAAGUGAAUGCAUUGAACGGUGUGUUCUGUGGCAAUCUUCCAUCCUGUUGCGCUGUGGUGGCUGACUCUGUGUUAAGAAUCACCUGGUGUGGCCCAGCAAUCUCAUUCUGGCAUAACAGUCUCUGCUGCACUUGCUGCAGAGGAAGAGAAUGGGCUGAGAAGGUGCAUAAUGUGCUGGCCCCUGUUUCUCUGGGCCCUCUUCUCAGCCAGUUGAGCUUUCAUUUUCUGCUCGCUUCCUCCAAUGCACUUCCAAACAGUCAACCUCCAGAAUUCAUGGCCGUCAGCGACUGUCUCUGACAGUUGUCAGUUUGUGUCAUCCCUCACUUGCAGGUGUCCUGGUAGCGGAGAUAUGGACACCCAGGGGGUCAUGACCCAGUAGCCAGUUCACUGUACAGAAGGUCUCUCUUGGUAUUACAGCUGUCAUCCAUCCGAUGAGUGUGACUUGAGCCAGCACAGACCUCGUUAGCUUAGCAAUGAGUGUAUGCUGCUGAUGGAAUUAGCAUGCUCAAGGACCUCUGAGUUGGUGAUCUUGCCCUGCCAAGAGAUUCCAAGGAUAUGUCUGAGAUGGUGAACAUGAAAACUGUUGUCUUUUCUCCUGCCUAGCACAUAUUGUCCAGAUCUCACCACCUUCGAGGCUGAGGAUGUAGGCUUGGUAGACACUUGGUAGCAAUAUAAGUACAUUGAUAUUUCAAUGCACCAAGCAUGGACUAACUGAGCAUGAAUUCCGACCUUAUAUUUCCACAAAAUUGGUAAGCUUGAAAUCUAGGCUGCAACAACAUAGAAGUUAUUGUGGGACUAGGUCAGACGGUUCCCUUUGCAGGGAAUGGAGGAAAUCAGAUACAAUUUACCCUUGAGCCCUGUCAUGCAACAUCUGGCAUCAUUUUAAGAGUCUGGGAGCUGGCUGCCUUCUGUCUGACCCAUUGGACAAGGAGCAGUGCCUGAUAAGGAGAAAGCUUAGGGACUGAAAAUAAAUUUUAAAAUAAACUUACAAAUCAUCUCUAUUUAAACAUAUGUAUUCUGCUUAAAAUGCAACAAUUACAUCUAUUUUCAUGUAGACAUAUGGAAAAAAGCAUAAUCUGAAAGGUAUGAAUGCAAUAGGCUAAGUCUGGUUUGUUUUGUAUUCUACAUGGUUGCUGGGUUAGUCCAUUAUUUAUAUCACAGUUUGAAUUCAUGAUGUUAUCAUGAGUUCAUUUCUUAGCAUAUCCUGCCAAAGAUUUAGAUAUGUUGUACAACCAGGUUGCCUAGAUGAUAGAUUCACAUUUUUAUUUUACCUGAACCCUCCUGACUGAAAUUUUGCUUUGCAUCUGGCUAAUUAUUACAGAUUUUGAGCACUUUCUCCUUUCCUCCUUUUAUUGAAGCACUUUUAGUAACAUAAAGCCAAAUCUGUGAUUGCACUGUUUCUUUCCCAGAGAAUUUCAUUAUUCUGUUUGAUGUAGAUUUGUUCAACUUCUCUCAUCAUCUUUCCCUCUCAUUCAGAGUCCCUGCACCUGUGAGCCAGUGCCCUGGGACUGGCUUAGAAGAAGAGGUCUUUAGUCAAUGAACUGCUACAAUACAUUGUAAAUAAUUUUAAAUUAAGUAGGAAAAUGAUAAAUAAUUGAAAAUAGACAAUGUGUCAUUUGUUUAUUAAAAGUUAAAUAUUGUAGCUUUAAAAUGCACCGUUUGUGGUCCAUAAGCGAUAAUAUUUAUUUCCUUUUUAAAAGACCUGCUAACAAUAUUAGGCUAAAGUACAUUAAUGUGAGAGCUGCUGCUGAUAUGUGUAGGAUGGGCUGAGCAUUAUAUUAUCGGUGAAAUUGUUUAAUUGCUUGCUCCUGUGUUUGAAGUUAAUGCUAGUUUUACCAUAAAUUGAAGACAAUGAUUUCCAGUUUAAAAAGCUCCUUUCCUGAUUUUGAGCUCAUUUGACUGGACUACAGAUUGGAGUCAGUGCACGGAAUUUGUGAUUGUCAUGAUUUUUCCAGUCAGGUGACUUGGAAUUCUCCAGUGUGCGCUUUCAUUGAAUGGGGCUCCAUACCCAAAAGUGGCCCUACAGGUAGAAGCCAUAAUCUCCAUUUCAUGCUGAGUUAAUUGAUCUCCAUUGUAGCAGUGUCUCUCUACAAAGGGGGUAAAUCAAUCUGUUCCUUUUCCAAAUUGCUAUGACCCUCGACUGGAAAUAUAUAUGUAUGCAAGAUGUGUGAGGAAAGAACUGGUUAUGACACUUCCUAUUGGCCAAAUAAUCUGAAAAAUCACUGUCAAGACUCGCAUGAAUAAUGGCAGCCAGGAAAGGUACUGCAGGGGCUGGGAUGGGUUGGUGACCAAUGAUUGCAGAACUGUACAAAAUAUCAACUGGUUAUUCUGGAGAUGAAGAUAAGGAGGAGAGAGGAAAACAUUGAUAAACAGAAAAAUGAGGGUACGGCUCUCAACUCAUGAUAGAAAUGGCAGCUGAUGGUAGAGGAACAUUUACUCUUGCAAAUAAAACAUUCCAUGAACAAAAUCAAAUUAUUCUCAGUUCAUGUUAUGGUGCUCCCACUCUUAAGGAUACAAUUUUUUUUAUAUUAAGUACACUGUAACCUCUCCAGUCUGGAAUACUUGGGACCACGUUUUUUCUGGAUUUAAGAAUUUUCUGGAUUAUAGGAUGAUAGAAUGCCUAACCACAAGUGUGUGAACUGGAAAACACCCUAGAUAUAAAUAUUUACCUAAAGCAUAAAGCACUAAUAAAACUUUAUAAAGCAGUAAUAAAAAUUGCUUUAUUUACCCAAAUAAUGUAUCUUCCAGUUUUCCCUCUCCUAAUGUACUGUACUAAAAUGAUGCUGAUGGCAUCGAGGGAACAGGUGAUUCUCCUCAAAACAUUUCCGGACAAUUGUUGUUUCCGAACAAUAUAUUUCUGGUCUAGAGAGGUUACAGUGUAUAAUGUUUUAUUUUAUGAUCCAACAGGGUUAUUAGAUAACGAGUAAAAUAGCCUUUGAUUCGAUACCACUGAUACUUAAUAAUGUGCUACCAAUCAGAUGGUGCAAUUGGCAGCUCUUAGUUUAAGACUUGAAUAUUGAGUUAUACAUGAUGCUGCCCUGAAACCAUUCUGCAGCUCAGUGCUAGAAAAUGUAUUGACAGCUCCAAAGCUUAGAGGAGAACCGACCUGAGGGGGUGGGAUGUAAGAAGGGCUCAUGGAACUUAUCCGCACCAAUCCUGCUGCAGCUUUCUGGGGUUUUUGAUCUUAACCUGUUCAUCUAAGCAAGUGAGAGGGACAUUCGCUGGAAGCCAGCAGGAUUUUUCCACAAAGCAAGUUUAGGCCUUUAAUGCUCUGGGCUCCUCCCCUCUCCCCCUACUGUCAGGCCCUCUCAUACCUUCUCCCAAAUCUUCUCCCAACCACUUGACUUCUAAGAAUCAUUCCUUUGGAUCCUCACUAGUGGGCUUCCUCUAUCCAAUGUCUAAUACCUGCCCAUUGACCUGCUGGAUUCAGGCAAGAGACUGAUGAGAGUUGCAAUCUCCUGGCUCUCAUGCCACCAAGGUUUGCUGCCAGCCCCAACCCCCAAAAGAGUACCUUUCUUGACAGAUGCAUUAUAAUUACUGGGAUCCCGGUCCACCAUCAUAUUUUAUAAGAACUGUUCUCCCAAGUCAUGUCAGUGUGACAUUUAACUGCAAUGAUUUCUACCUCUGUUUCAUUUUGUUGUGGUGUCAACAAUGCAUAGUCUGAACAAAACUUCAUUUUACUUUAUACAUCACUUUCAGCUGAUGAAAGGCUUUGUCAAAACACAAAAUUUGCCAAACAAAUGCCUUUAACUACUGUCAGAUCUAUACUUUUUGCAUUUAGUCGUGUUCCAGUUUUAUAUGGUAUCGUGGCAUUUUAGUAGACGUUCACAGCCAGGUUAUAAUACUGCAAGUAUUUUUAUUUUUGAAGAAUACAACAUUGACAUUUUGAUGGCGUGGAUUUAAAUGAUUGAUGUAUAUUUGUGGAUUUUUUUGACAAAAAGUCACCUCCAUUUGCUCUGUAAUUAAAUAAUUCUGAGGCUAAUGAAUAAAUGAUUUUACACAUUAUUUGCUUUUACUAUUGCAUUAAAAGCAACAAAAAGGGGAGUUAUGUGCUUUUGUGUCGUUACUAUAUUGUAUGUAUUCCAUAGACAUGGAUACCAGUAAAUAGAAAAGGCACAUUUCCCUUCUUUGAAAUGCUUAAUGACAAAUAUACUCCUCUUUAAGUGUAUCAAUGUGAUUUUAUUUAUACAAUAAAGUGAGUCUGAACUUUCA